UUGGCGUUUGUAGUAACAGGAUGAGAAAGUGCGAGACUUCCUGUUAUGUGUGUGUGACAGCUGGUGAUAAGUGGAGCGCCCUGCACAGGAAAUCCGCUCUGCUUCUGCAAUGUGACCUGCCCGAAACUUGGGUGCUCCUUCAGUCUGGAUGUUAAUGGCAGGACAAAGGGGUGCCUGGACUAUGGGCGACGUGGUGGAGAAGAGUCUGGAAGGGCCUCUGGCACCUCCCACGGAUGAACCCUCCCAGAAAAGGGGAGACCUGGUAGAAAUCUUAAAUGGGGACAAGGUAAAAUUUGACGACACGGGACUGUCCUUAAUUCUGCAGAAUGGCCUGGAGACCCUCCGCGUGGAAAACGCUCUGACAGAUGUCACCUUGUGUGUGGACAUUCAGGAAUUCUCCUGCCACCGCGUGGUGCUUGCUGCGGCCAGCAACUAUUUCAGGGCCAUGUUCUGCAAUGAUUUAAAGGAAAAGUAUGAGAAGAGGAUCAUUAUUAAAGGGGUCGAUGCUGAGACCAUGCACACUCUUCUGGACUAUACCUACACCAGCAAGGCGCUGAUCACCAAGCAGAAUGUCCAGCGGGUCCUGGAAGCUGCUAACCUCUUCCAGUUCCUGCGGAUGGUGGAUGCCUGCGCCAGCUUCCUCACGGAAGCCUUGAAUCCAGAAAACUGUGUUGGAAUACUGAGGCUGGCAGACACCCACUCCUUGGACAGUCUAAAGAAGCAGGUUCAAAGUUACAUCAUCCAGAACUUUGUGCAGAUUCUGAACGCCGAGGAGUUCCUUGAACUUCCCGUGGACACUCUGUACCACAUCUUGAAGAGUGAUGACCUUUAUGUGACGGAGGAGGCUCAGGUGUUUGAGACUGUGAUGAGCUGGGUGCGGCACAAACAGUCGGAACGCCUCUGCUUGCUCCCCUACAUCCUGGAGAAUGUGCGCUUGCCGCUUCUGGACCCCUGGUACUUUGUGGAGACGGUGGAAGCAGAUCCUCUCAUCAGGCAGUGCCCAGAGGUCUUCCCGCUACUCCAGGAAGCCAGGAUGUACCACCUUUCUGGCAAUGAGAUCAUUUCGGAACGCACCAAACCCAGGAUGCACGAGUUCCAGUCUGAAGUGUUCAUGAUCAUUGGUGGCUGCACAAAGGAUGAGCGGUUUGUGGCAGAGGUAACCUGCCUGGACCCCCUGAGGCGCAGCCGCCUGGAGGUGGCCAAGCUCCCGAUGACGGAGCAAGAGCUGGAGAGUGAGAAUAAGAAGUGGGUGGAGUUUGCAUGCGUGACAUUAAAAAAUGAGGUCUACAUCUCAGGUGGCAAAGAAACACAGCAUGACGUUUGGAAAUAUAAUUCUUCGAUCAACAAAUGGAUUCAAAUUGAGUAUUUGAACAUAGGCCGCUGGAGGCAUAAGAUGGUGGUGUUGGGUGGCAAGGUCUACGUGAUCGGGGGUUUCGAUGGCUUGCAGAGGAUCAACAAUGUGGAGACCUACGACCCCUUCCACAACUGCUGGUCAGAGGCUGCACCCCUCCUUGUUCAUGUCAGUUCCUUCGCAGCCACCAGCCAUAAGAAAAAGCUCUAUGUGAUUGGGGGAGGGCCCAAUGGGAAACUGGCCACGGACAAGACUCAGUGUUAUGACCCUUCAACCAAUAAGUGGAGUUUAAAAGCGUCCAUGCCAGUGGAGGCUAAGUGCAUCAAUGCAGUGAGUUUCCGGGACCGCAUCUAUGUUGUUGGUGGGGCCAUGAGAGCGCUGUACGCCUACAGCCCCCUGGAGGACAGCUGGUGCCUGGUGACCCAGCUCAGCCACGAGAGGGCCAGCUGCGGCAUCGCGCCCUGCAACAACCGGCUCUACAUCACCGGGGGGCGGGACGAGAAGAACGAGGUCAUCGCCACGGUGCUGUGCUGGGACCCGGAGGCCCAGAAACUGACCGAGGAGUGCGUCCUGCCCCGGGGGGUGUCGCACCACGGCAGCGUCACCAUCAGGAAGUCGUACACCCACAUCCGGAGGAUCGUGCCGGGAGCAGUGUCAGUGUGACUGCAGGAGCCGGGCAGUGCGGCCCGGGGACCCUCCGCACCCCUCACCCAUGUCCUGCCCACUGCAGACGGCAGGCGCGGCUUGGGCUUUAGGCCAAACAGCAGAAUCCCUUUGGCUCCCCACGGGGAGGCUCCUCGGAAGUCACGCCUUUGGGACACUUGAGAGCAGCCAGGAAUGUUUGCGUGAUCUACCUCAGGAGAGAAGAAGAGUAACACUUUACACUCAGGACACACCUGCCCCAUGCCAGGGUCUGUGCGGGGCACUCCUGUGUAUCCAUUCACUUAACCAUCACAAUGACCAGUGGCUGGGUGUUACCACUCCUGUCUCACAAGUGAGGAAACCAAGCUUCAGAAAGGCUAAGUGGUUUGCCCCAGGUCACUCAGAUUGCAAGUAGCAAAGCCAGGAGUCUAAACCCAGGUAUUUCAACUUCCAAGCCAGUGAGUGCCCUUUCUGACAAACUGUCUCUCUCAGAGCACAAAACAAGAAACAAAAGCAUCAUCCCCCUGCCCCCGCCAAAACUGGCUCUUUGUUUUGUUUUGUUUUGACAAGUUUGCUGAAGGAUUCACUAAACAAGGCAGGGAAAUAAAGGUGUUUCUCUCUCUCUCUCUCCCCUCCCCCCACGAAUAUUUAAACCAUCUGGAAUCCUUGGUGUGGGAGCCUUGGGCUCCUUGUCAAGAGCGUCUCAUAGGUUGUUUCAUCUGACAGGUCGGGAAGGCCCGUUUGCUUUGAAAGAAAUUAAAAAACAAAACAAAACCCAAAAAACAAAGAACAAAAAAACUUGUGUCCUGUUCUCCAUCGAAAGCCUCCAGUUUUUGGUGAUCACGGGAGGCCCAUCUGGCACCGGGACUGUCAUUACCAGGCAGGUUGUGCCUUCCGAACAGUCUAGUGUCCUGGCCCCUUCAUGCCUAACUGUUGUGCUGCGGUGGAGAAAGGGGAUCCCGGAGACUCGAGCACUGCCUUCAGAAGAUGUAAACAUCCCCACAGGCUGCGGGCCCCUGCGGGACUGACCAGCUCUUCUCCACGGCACACGUCCCACUUCUUAGAUGGUGAUGUGGGUCCAUGCCCCUGAGACCCCACCUUCUUGGAGCCUGAGUUUUCAGGGUCAUUUUAAGCCUUUCUAUUUGGAUUUUGGAUCAGCUUUGCACGAUUUUGACUCAAACACCAGAGUCUGUCCUUCACUCUAAGCGCUAGGGCUUUCAAAUGAGCUCACUGGAAAUUCAUUCUAAUCCCCACGUUGGGGAAACAGAUUAAGAGAUCCUGUUUCAAAUGCUGUAUUUAAAAGCAACAACAAUAGUAACAACAUAGUAACUGUAUUACCCAAUGUGCUUUAUUUUCAUCAUAUGAUUUAAAAUCUCUUUAUAGAGUUUUAUGUCAUGUCAGAUGUGGCCUAUCGCCUCUGUGCUUCUCGGCAGUUUGGAACUUGAUAGGGGGCUUAAUUUUCAUAGAAAAGUUAUGGUUAGAAGAAGCUAAAAUUCAAAGCAG